AUGGAAAAAGAAACUGGUUAUAAUAUUAAUUUCGCACAAGCGUUAGUGGCUGGUGGAAUAGCGGGAACCUCUGUAGACGUGAUUUUAUAUCCACUAGAUACAAUAAAAACCAGAUUACAAUCGAAGUCUGGAUUUUAUUCUUCGGGAGGAUUUCGUGGAAUUUAUUCGGGAUUAACGAGCGUCAUUAUUGGAAGUGCCCCCGGAGCAUCAGCAUUUUUUGUCACAUAUGAAUACUUUAAAAAAUCUUUAGGGACUUUAUUUCCUGAUACAAAGUAUUCUUCAUUGAUUCAUAUGACGGCCGCUUCGAGUGUUCCAAAUCACACGCAUCGAAAAUAUGUUGAACCUUGGGAAGCUGCAAUCUGUGGAUCUUUUGCUGGUGGUAUAACUGCUGGUGUUACUACUCCUUUAGAUGUUAUUAAAACGCGAUUAAUGCUAUCAACUAAAGAUCAAAAUAUACAUAAUUAUUCUGGAAUAACAAAUACAUUUUAUCGUAUUUUAACACAAGAAGGUGCUUAUGAAAAAGUAAAAAAGACUUUGUACAAACAUGAAAUUUUUGCUUAA